UGGGCCUUUGGGCUUUACUAGAAAAGUCGACAAUGGACUGGAUAGCCCAAUGGGUUUCACAUGGAGACGCGCGUGAACUAUGAAGACAAACAGUGACCGGAACCGACGGAAGUUUGGAAGAUACCUACCUGCGACGGACAACGGAAAUGGAAGAAACGCUGAAGCUAUGAACGUCGAAAAUGGGGGAGUUGUGAAUGAAGAAGAUGGAGCUGUGACGGAGGACGGAAAGGGUAGAACUGUGAACGAGGAAGAUGGUGGUCCGAACAACGCUAGGGACAAAGACUUAGGUGGGACGGGUGGCGGACCUGUGACACAAGGCGUCAACGAAGUUCCGAUAUUUGAUGACAGGGAUGAUUACAACUGUUACGGGGAAGGGAAUAGCAGGGAGAAGACAAAUGCAGAUGUUGGAGGUAUUUUCUUUGACACACACGCCAGCUUACAUACUCAGUGUUGGUGUGUACCGACAACUAAUGUUGAUGUGUACAGAGUAGUGUCGGUAUGUAUAGACAUCUGAAGAAAUCCUCAUUGAAUUAAUUUAUACCUACAAAGAUGAAUGUUGUAUCUAUGAAUGAGUUAAUGUAUCUAUGAAUGUUGUUAAUGUAUACCCUACUACUAUAAUGUAUACCUAU